AUGGUGAUAUAGAUGAUGAUGCUUUUGAGGCACUCUUUCAGCUGCUGGAAGAAGAUCUGAAAAAUGAUGACUUAUCUUUGAACGAUGAUGAUAUAAGUGAGGAGGACCUCGCGAAGCUGGAACGUGAACUGGAGGAGGCACUGAAGGAUGAUGAACUACUAGGAGAAAUUGCCUCAAUUGCCAAUGAGAAAAUUGGGAGUGAGGAUGAAGAUGAAGAAGUAGUAGCAGAUGAUGAUAAUGAGGAUGAUAAAGAUGAAGAAUUGCCAGUGAAAUUGAAAAAUUGGCAACUUAAGAAACUGGGAUAUGCCUUGAGAAGGGGACGGCGUAAGACAAAUAUAAAAAAUCUUGCUGCUGAGAUAUGCCUUGAUAGAGCUGUUGUUCUUGAAUUACUUCGCAAUCCUCCGCCAAACCUUUUGUUGCUGAGUGCUGCCUUACCCGAUGAACCUGUCCCCAGAAUGAUAGAGCCUGAAAGCAAACCCCAGGAGACUGUUCCCAUAGAGAUAAGUGAUGUUGCAAGGCCUGAGGCUAAGGUGGAAAUGCCAGUCCAUGUGAUGCAAAGUAGUUGGUCUGCUCAAAAGAGAAUAAAGAAAGUCCAACUAGAAACCCUUGAACAAGUUUAUAGACGAUCAAAGCGGCCCACUAAUGCCAUGAUUAGCAGCAUCGUGCAUGUGACAAAUCUGCCUCGGAAAAGAGUUCUGAAAUGGUUUGAAGACAGACGGUCUGAAGAAGGGGUUCCUGAUCAUCGACUUCCAUACCAACCAUCGUCUAAAUCUUAACAGUUCUAUCCUUGUAAGUACCAGCUAAAACAACUGAUUUUUGUAUGUUAAACUGGUUUCUCCCGUGCUAUCAGAUACUUGAAUUAUUUCAUGCCAACCAUCAGCUUCCUUUUGCUAUUUAUUUCUCAGUGCAGCUAUAACAACAGGAGCAAAUAGCAAUACCCUCUGUAAAGCAAAGAUGGUUACAAACAAAAAGAAGUGAACAACUUUAGUUUGUCAGUUGUGUUGAAUUAACUCUAUCCUAAUCAUAUAAUUCUUAGCAGUAGUUGCAAGUUCUUAAUA